GGAGUUAAAGUUGCUUUCACAUUUGGUCAAAAGCCCAAAACAGUAAGAAAAGUGGUAAGAAAGGACAGAUCAGAGGGAACCCAGAAAGCAAAAAAGAAAAGAAAACAGAGAUCAAAGGCAAUUUUGACAAAUGGGACUUCAAUAUCUCUUUCAUUUCAUUCCAAAAACACUAUUUUUUUUUUGUGGUUCGACUCAGUUUUUGUAUAAAAUAAUUCAUUCUUUUUGUGCCCUUCUUCUUCCUCUUCUUCUUCCAUGGAUCCUAAAACUUCAUCAUCAACAACAAAGCAGCCCCAAGAACUUGUACCAAACUUUUUGAACUUUCCACAAGAACACCAACAAGAACAAUCAAUCAUGGGGGAAAACAAACCACCGGAAAUCAAAGAAGAAGGUAAGAAACAAUUAGCUCCAAAACGAAGCUCCAACAAAGACCGUCACACAAAAGUGGAAGGACGUGGUCGAAGAAUCCGUAUGCCGGCACUAUGUGCGGCGAGGAUUUUUCAAUUAACGAGGGAAUUGGGUCAUAAAUCCGACGGAGAAACCAUCCAGUGGUUGCUACAGCAAGCGGAGCCAUCGAUAAUCGCCGCCACUGGAACUGGAACGAUCCCAGCUUCUGCUUUAGCAGCAGUGGCGGGUUCCGUUUCGCAACAAGGGGUUUCUCUCUCCGCCGGUUUACAACAAAAAUUGGAGGAAUUAGGCGGUGGCGGGUCCAGUAGGGCCAGUUGGGGGAAUUUGGGGAGACCCCAUUUGGCUGCUGCUGCUGCCGCCGCCGCCGCAGCCGCCACAGCCACAGCGGUUUGGCCCUCCUCUGUCAGUGGGUUUGGGUUUCAGUCAUCAACUACAGCUGGUGUUGCUCAAUCAGCCACUAAUUUAGCUAAUGAAACUUCAAAUUACUUUCAUAAACUUGGUUUCCCAGCCUUUGACUUACCCCCCACCAACAUGGGUCCUAUGAGUUUCACCUCCAUUUUAGGUGCCAACACUCAACAGCUACCUGGUUUAGAGCUUGGAUUGAGCCAAGAUCCCCAUAUUGGGGCUAUCAAUCCACAAGCAUUGAACCAGUUUUACCAACAAAUGGGCCAAGCUAGAGUUCAUCACCAUCAUCAACAACACCAGCAACCUCCUGCUAAAGAUGAUUCACAAGAUUCAGGAGAGAGAGAGAGAAAGAGAGAGAGAGAGAGAGAUCUUUACCUGGUUUGCACCUCCUCCCCCUGUGAAUGGCAAUCUUUCAAGCUCUUCUUCACAUGCCAGGUGUGAUUAUCUGCAACUUAGAGCAGCUUGGCUUGAGCUUAACUUCAUUUUUCUGUUUGUUUCUCUAUUCAAAAGGCGUGUUGAUCAUGUAAGGCAAUUUUACUUCUUUUCUAGUUCUUGAUGGAAUGAUGAACAAUUUGUUUGUGAAUUUUAAGGUAUAAUUUUUUCUUGUCCCCAAGUUUUCAAUCUCUCUGCAUAA